AUGACUCCCAGUGUCAGCCUGCUGCUGCUGCUCUUGCUUGGCCUCUCACAGGCUCAUCCUCUCCAGGAGGAGGUAAUGGAAGAAGACGUUCCUGAGAACACCAUGGAUAUUUCAACCAGGAUUCUGGCCUCAAACAACGCCAUAGAUGAGAUACAUGAGGAGGAAAUUGAAGAAGAAGUUCCCGAGGGCACCAUGGACAUCACCACCGGGAUUCUGACCUCAAACAAUGCCACAGAUGAGAUCCUGCUGGAAGGAGACCUGGUCGCUCCGAGAACCCGGAACGCCAUGAAGUGCUGGUCUCAGAAGUGCCUGUGGAGGAAAGCCUCAAACGGUCAGGUGGUGAUCCCCUUCACCCUGAGCAGAGAGUUCAGCAGCAUGGAGAGGCAGAAGAUCGACCGUGCCAUGAAAGCCUUCCAAAGAAGGACCUGCAUCCGCUUCGUCCCCCGUCAGAACCAGCGCGACUACAUCAGCAUUGAGAACAGAGGCGGAUGUUUCUCCUCUCUGGGCAGAGUGGGAGGCAGACAGGUGCUCUCUCUCAACAGGGGGGGCUGUGUCCAAAACGGAAUCAUCCAGCAUGAGAUCAACCACGCUCUGGGCUUCAACCACGAGCAGACCAGGAGCGACCGCGACAGAUAUGUCAGGAUCAACUGGGGGAACAUCAACCAGGGGAUGGCCUACAACUUCUACAAGAAGGACACCAACAACCUGAACACUCCCUACGACUACUCCUCCAUCAUGCACUACGGAAGAACAGCCUUCGCCAUCCAACGGGGGAGGGACACCAUCACCCCCAUCCCCAACUCCAACGUCCGGAUCGGCCAGAGGCAGGGCAUGUCCUCCUUGGACAUCAUGAGAAUCAACAGGUUCUAUAGCUGCUAA